AGCAUGUACCGCUUCAUAAAUCCUCUUUUCAAGCAUAUCAUUCACCGGAUUUACUUUGAUGCUGCUACAAAGAAGCAGUGCCUUCAGUAUUUAAGAGCCCUGAGGACUCUGCAAUUUAAUGGUUUCAAUACUAUCUUUUUAGGAGAAACUGAUAUUUCAGAAAGUCUCAUAACAGGAGAGAAGAUAUCUCAGGAAGACAACCCAAACUGGCCAACAUGGACCCUGCUUCAUGCUGGAAGUAGUCAAGGUUGGGUGCCUUGGAGGUACAGAGUAUUGUUAAGGAAUGAACUAUGCAGGAACCAACAAGAAGAUAUUUUUCAGGAAUUCUGUGAUUCUCUGAAUAAGUCCUAUGGGAAAUGUGUCAUUAUAGUCAAAGAGAAAAGGCAGCCGACUUUGGUGAAGACAAAAGAACAUACUAAUCAAGAGAAAACAAUAUCUCAGGUCCCAUCAGUGAUUUACAUAUCCAGCACUGACUGCUGUCCUGAAAUUGCUAAGGCAAAUGGCCAUGAGCUUCUCUUUGUGCCUUCACCCUACAACUACCUGCACCCUAUGGAUGCUGCAUGGUCUUCUUUGAAAUGGUUUAUUAUAAACAACAGGAAAGAGUUUUCUCUGAGGUCCAUUGAAAGGACUUACACCUACAGGUGUAUACUUUUCAGUGACUUGAUUAUGAAAGGAAUAGAGAAGAUGACUCCAAGCAAAUGGAAGAUAGCAACUAGCAAAGUGAGGCGAUGGGAGAACUACUAUCUUGACACAUUUUCUUAA